UGCUCCUAUAAAAAAAAGGAAAAGAAAAGAAAAGAAAAGGAGAUUAAAAUAAAAUUAGGGUUUUUCAUAUCAGUGCUCUGCUUUCUGCUCACUACUGUUUGGGGAAAUCUUCCUUAAAACCCUCCAAAUUCAAAAUUCCUGUAGCUCAUCGUUGCCGUCACUAUAUUCAGGGAGGCACAAAGACAAAAUGAGCACAAGUGUCCGCAGAACCCCCAAAUCUGGGAGGCAAUCCCUGUUUUUCCAAGAUUUAGCAACGCCUGUGUCAUCUCGACGGUCUGGGGGAAAGUUUACAACCCCCGGUCAGGCAGCUGCUGUUUCUGCUCUAUGGCGUGAAAAUUUUUCCAACUCUGAUCUUCCUCCUCCCCCCGCUUUUACCCUUGAAGACCGCUUUGAUCAAUCUCCAGAAUCAGGGAUACCUGACUAUCCAGUGUCUCCAGAAGUAAAAUCAGAUCCUAGAACCCCACUACAAAGUUUUGGCAGGGAACUUUCAACUCCUAAGAGCAAAUCAGAUGCGAGCACUUCAUAUGCUGGAGCUAGCAAGCAGUCACAGCAGCAGAGUCAGCAGAGCCCUAUGGUAAGUUCAAGCUGGUGGUCCCCUGCCAAGACUGGAGGUAGUGCCGAGCAAGAAGAUAAAGGGAAAGGGUCACCCGUUGAAGGUGUGGUUCAACCUGGUGCCUUGAUAACACUGCCGCCGCCUAGGGAGGUUGCAAGGCCUGAAGUGAAGAAAAGUCUACUGCCUGUUGGGAACAUGAAUGAGGAGGAAUGGGUCACUGUCUAUGGGUUCUUGCCUGCUGAUACAAAUCUUAUAUUGCGGGAGUUUGAAAAAUGUGGGGUGAUUUUGAAACAUGUUCCUGGCCCGAGAGAGGCUAAUUGGAUGCACAUUUUAUAUCAGAAUCGGUCAGAUGCUCAACGAGCACUCAGCAAAAAUGGCAUGGAAGUAAAUGGAGUUCUCAUCAUUGGAGUAAAGCCCGUGGAUCCAAUGCAGCGCCAAGCACUAAAUGAGAAACUCAACAAUCAAGGAUUUAUGACAUUACCACCGGCCCCUUCCAAUAGAAACCUGGAGUCGAAUGGUUUCAAAAUCUCUCCAUACCCAUACUAUCUGCAGAAUGGCAGUUCAAGUGCUCGGCAAUCUUCUGGAACGAUGGCCACUCCUGCGAAAUCAGUGGUGUCGAAAAUUGUGGACUUGAUGUUUGGUGUCUAGCCUAUAAUGCAAUCACCAGUUUCUCUACCCUACAAUUUUUUUUCACCCUCUAUAUGCGGAUUCAGCCUGUCUUAGUGCUUUCUGGAGGAUGGCAAAUGUGUGACUAUGAUACAUCUCAUAGUUGAGAUCCCUUAUUAUAUUACAUUGUUUAUACCAGAUAUAAUUCGAUUAAAAUGUUUCACUUUUGUCUGUGAAGCUCAUGGAGAUAUAGAGGUACCAUCUGUUUGUAAUGAAGAUUUUGUAAUAGCGAUAAACAAAAUAUUGUGACAUUAUAUUUGCAGGCAUUUUUUUUUUCGUUUUA